UGCCGGUGAGGAGGGCUGUGUGCGGGCCGGGCAGGGUAAACUGCCAGCUGGGUGAAUGUCGUGAACAGUCGCCCUAGUCUCCCUACACUCCACUGAUAACUGGAUGGAGGUUUUACUCGGAGGUGCUUGUCUGAGCUGUUGCGGUGGAAUAAGACAACAAUAGAGGAACCGAGGAAUUAACAACUAAACAAAAAAGGAUGUAAGAAACCGCAAAGCAGAAUGUCAACUGGAACAAAAGAGACUUCUUGUUGAUAUUCGCCUCCGUGUCUCAACGGACGGAACUAACCAGCAGCUAACCCGGCUAACAUUAGCUGAGUUAACGCUAGCUACAUCACGGUUUCAAGCAUCCUUGCUUGCCUGUUUGGUGAGUGGAUCUCAUUGACGUUUGCUCGCCAUGGCAGCGGUUGUUAGCUACUCUCCACCAUGGUGGGUGAACCUCAUACACAGACUCCCCCAUUUCAACUUCAUGUUCGAGCAAACAAGCAGUGAUUUCCGACCAGAAGACUGGACGUAUCAACAGUCUAUCCUGUUACUGGGAGGAGUGGCGCUCGCCUGUCUGGCCCUGGACCUCCUGUUCCUGCUCUUCUAUUCCAUUUGUUUGUGCUGCCGUCGGAAAAAAACCGAGGGUCAGCCCAAUGCCGACUGCUGCUGCACAGCCUGGUGCGUCAUCAUCGCUACACUCGUCUGCAGCGCUGGCAUUGCGGUCGGUUUCUAUGGGAACGGCGAGACUUGUGAUGGAGUGAAUCGGCUGACGUAUUCCCUGCGCCAUGCUAACCGUACAAUCACUGGGGUGGAGAAGCUGGUAUAUGACAGUACGUCCUCAUUGAACCAGACGGUAGAGAACAAUCUGCAACAGCUUGAAGGCCAGUAUGCGCAGCACGCGGACUACCUGUCCAUCAUCCAAAAGCUGCAGGGCCAGCUGGAUGAGCUGGUCAGACAGAUGGUGGAGAUCCCCUUCUGGGACAACCCCAACAUCUCCCUGGAGGAGCUGGCCUUCAAUAUUGAGCUGUAUGACUGGUACAGGUGGCUGGGCUACAUAGGCCUGCUACUGUUCGACGUCCUCAUCUGCCUCCUGGUGCUGUUUGGCCUCAUUCGUAACUCCAAGGCAACGCUUAUAGGGGUGUGCUUGUUUGGUGUCGUGGCUCUGAUAAUCAGCUGGGUCUCCCUCGGGCUGGAGUUGGCCGUCUCUGCGACUGCCAGCGACUUCUGUGUUGCUCCUGACAUGUAUGUCACCAAAGUGGCAGACCAGUAUGGAGUCAUCAAUCAAGAUAUCCUGCUGCACUACCUCAGCUGCAGUUUGGAGAAAACAAACCCCUUCCAGCAGAAGCUCUCCGGGAGCCACAAAGCAUUAGUGGAGAUGCAGGAUGACGUGUCCGAACUGCUGCGCUCGGCCACCAGAGAGUAUAAACAAACUCAGGGACGUUUAGAAGAGAUCCAGGGGAUCCUGAACACCACAGAGAUCAGCCUCCAUCAGCUCACUGCCCUGGUGGACUGCCGCAGCCUGCACAUGGACUUUGUCCAGGCCAUGACAGGACUGUGUUAUGACGGACUGGAAGGCCUCAUCUACCUCGUGCUCUUCUCCUUCAUCACUGCGCUCAUGUUCAGCUCCAUUGUUUGCAGUGUGCCUCACACCUGGCACAGCAAGAGGGACGAGGAUGACGGCGAGGAUGAGUCUCUGAGCCACGGGGGAAGGCCGAACCAUGAUAACCUGUACCGGGUCCACAUGCCCAGCCUGUACAGCUGUGGCAGCAGCUACGGCAGCGAGACCUCCAUCCCUGCCGCAGCCCACACCGUCAGCAACGCACCUGUCACCGAGUACAUGGCUCAGAACGCCAACUUCCAGAACUCUCGCUGUGAGAACACGCCUCUGAUAGGACGAGAGUCUCCCCCGCCCACGUUGUAUUUGACUGCCGCGGACAGUAACAGCGGUCACAGCUGGCAGUUAAAGCCUUCGGAGAGCUCAAGAUCCUUUUGGUAACUUCAUCUGCUAACAGUACACCUCCAGCAUGCGGGCGAAGUACCUGGCCAACAGCCGACCCGAUCCCAACAACCCUCCUCCGGCACAUCAAGCGACACUGGACGCUCCCCGCCUGCAGCACUGACGUCUGAAGUCUCUCGUCCAGUCAGUCGCUUAUUAUUUCACUCCUCCUUCUGCUCUUCUCCACCCCGUCCCUCAGUGACUACAAACGGAAAACCAGCCGUGCUUUUGGCCGGUUGGUUGAAGCAAAGCUUGCAGGUCAUAGUUCACAAACCUUUUCUCCACAACCCUGAUCAGAAUCAUCGUCGGUGCUGGGAAUUCAUCUGCAGCUAUCGAUGUGAUGGAGCCAGGACUGACUUUUACACUCCCUCCUUCUUUCCCCACGACGUGCACAGCGUCACAUCUAACAAGGCAUUGCAGUGUUGAGGACUCUGGAAGUGCUCAUGAGACUAACACUGAUUACUACUGGUUGUUGUUGUACUGUACUCCGUCAGGGAGGAAGAGGAAUCGACACUUGAAGUGCAGACAUUGUUUCUCACGCGACGCAUAGAUCAAACUGUUGUAGAAUAGAUUCAUUUCAUAGUGCAACAUCUCAUCGUUCUGCUUUUUGGAAUUUGAAAUGCAAGUCUGAUGUUUUGAUUCAACAAGAUUUGCAUUAUUCGCCAGUUAAAGUCGCCAUACUGUAUAUUACACGUGCACAUUGGCUUUUUAUUUGCAUUUGGUGUCAUAUCUGAUGAUUGGGACCAGUCCUCCUGCAGUAUUUUACGUCUCGCAGGUCUGAAAUUGAAUUGUUUUCUUUCUUGGGACACUUGUUGUUGUUUUUAAAUACAUUGAGCCACUAUUCUACAGCGACGACUGUAACACGUGAAGCUGUGAACUUGAGUCUGGCACAUGCUCUCAGAGGAUCAGAGGACACAGAGGAGCUGCGUGAUGGAAAUGCAGCCGUUCGACAAGAGGAGUCGGGACGACGACGUUCAGAAAAAGAAACCGUGACGAGAAGUUUUUAUACUACUGGAAACUUUUUUUAUUUUUACAACCCUCCGAAGACGAUCGUGACGCGGAGGAGGACAGAGUUCCGCAACAUUUACGAUCACUCGCCUCGUCACUGCACUGCUUGUGAUUCUCCCCACGUUCCUGUUAAGUUGUCGAGCCUCAUGUCCCGUAACAGAACCGGGAACUGUCCACACACACACACACACACACACACACAUCCAGUCCUCUGUCCAGCAGUGAUCUUCUCUCCUCCACACGCAGCAGUUCAGAUCACAUUAACCCGAAUGUUACAAGACAACGUGCAUAUCACAGUUUCAGAGAGAAACUUUCUAGUGUCUCACAAAUGUGUUUUAGCAUUUCUAACGGGAGUGGAUGCUGCGACGGGAUUAGCGAUGUGUCGGAGGAAACCUGACGUGACGAUCCUUCAAAUAUCGGAGUGAGAUGUGUGCGCCGCUGCUUCGACUUGCUUCUCUUAGACGUGCGUUGUGACCAGAACAAGAGGGGAUUUGUUUUUGUUUUUUUGAGACGGUGCCAACAAGUGAAGCACGACUCUUUUAUCUGAAUAUCUUUUUAAAUGUCUUAACUCGAGGCCACUUUGUGAAGUCGACGGCUCCCGGUUGCCUGACUUUCUCACAUGGUUUCAGCUCUGUAAACUUUAUUACUCUCAUGCAACCCCUCUGUUUCUGGGUCGUAGUCAUAUUCUCUUUGUUGUUUGUAAUGCAAGGCGGUCGCACAGAUUAUAAACAUUUACAAAAUGCAACAAAAAAAUGGACAUUUCAUUUCUUAAAGCUUAUUAUUUGAUUUGCUAUUAUUCAUGUUUUUAUUUCGAUUUUAGAAUCUCGCCAGCACAAUCUGCUGCUUCCUGUGAAUACAGUCAAUGGAUUUGAAUUUUACUUUUGAGUUGUUGUUUUUUUAUAUACAUCAUUUUUCCAGUCUUUAAAACGUGUACAUGUAAACCCUGUGGUUAUAUUGAGCUUGAAUGCUGUGUUUUUGAAAUUAAACAAACCUUAACUGUA